AUGAAGAAUACCCCUCUUGUUGUUUCGCUGCUGCUGCUGAUCUGCGCAGGCGCGAUUUUCGCCAAAUACGCGGCCCCUAAAGUGCAGAUCUACAGCCGGGCCCCUGGUCUCUUUGGAAAGCCCAACAUGCUCUUGUGUCACGCCAGCAUGUUCUACCCUCCGGAGCUGAACAUCACCCUCCUGCAGGACGGGGGCGCUAUGGAGGGGGCGCACCAGACCGAGCUGGCCUUCGAGGAGAGCUGGUUCUACCACCUCACAGAGUACGCCUCCUUCACCCCCCAGAAGGAGCACAAGUACAGCUGCCAGGUCUCCCACCAGGGGGAGACCAAGACCUACCACUGGGGUGAGACUAAACCCGGUCUAAAGCAGGACUGA